AUGCAUGUUCUGGCAAUUACAACGGUGUUUGUGGUCCUGGCAACUUUGACAGUCGGACUCCGGCUGUUCACGCGGUUCUAUCUGGUCAAGUCGCCAGGGCUAGACGAUGUCUUCAUCACAGCAGCACUGGCUGCCAACCUGGUAUACUACGCCCUAGUCCUUGUCCAACGCAACUAUGGCCUCGGCGUCGACGAUACAUCCUUGUCCCAAGACACAAUCCAAGGCCAACUCUACGUAAGGCAAACCUCAACCAAGUCACGACUCAUACUCACACAUUCACAGUAUCUCUGGAUAGCAAUUCCCUUCUACAACCUCGCCCUAGUCCUAGCCAAGAUCUCAGCCCUAUUGCUCUUCACCCGCCUCUUCCGCUCUCGUCUCCUCGUCCGCGCCAGCUACGCCAUGAUAGCAUUCCUCGUCCUCGCAGGACUCUGGAUGGUCUUCAGCGGAUUCUUCUUCUGUAUCCCAGUUCAUUACUUCUGGACCCGGAAAGACGGCGACAACAACUGUCUCCCCCAAGGCCCAAUCUGGCUCCUAAAUGCAGGAAUCCACAUCGCCACAGACGUGAUAAUCCUCAUUCUCCCCAUGCCAACAAUAUGGAAAACGCAACUUGCCAAACGACUCAAAGCCGGUAUCAUCACUGUCUUCGGUCUAGGUGUCUGUGUAAUAGCAACCAGCUCCGUCCGCUUCUACAUUCUAAACCGCACCGUGAACGAAAAUAACUUCACAAAAACAAACGCCCAAGCAGCAGUCUGGUCCUCCCUCGAAGCAAACAUCUCCAUAAUCUGCGUCUGCCUCCCCCCACUCCACCCCCUCCUCUCCCGAAUCUUCUCAUACUGCUUCCUCCCCCAACCACUGCACUCAUCACCCGCCUCCCGCGCCCCCUCCGCAACAACAAACCUCACAGACCGAAAAUCAUCCAUCUAUGACCAUUCACAUACAGAUGGUGGUGUGUGGUAUAAUGAACUCUUCACGCCUGGCCCGACUAGUUACAGUGCUAGUAUUUCGAAGGUGAAUACACGGGAAGAAGGGGAUCAGGAUGGGAUUAGGGUCGUUAGGGAAUUGAGGAUGCAGUCUGAUACGGUGGAUUUGGAGAUGGCGGGACUGGGUGGGGAGAGUCGCUCGAAUCCGAGUAUUGAGUGGGAUUUGGGCGAUUUUGAAUUUCCGGAUUAUAAGGAGAGGAUGAAUGCGCCUAUUUAG